AAAAGAAACGAAUCAGUAGUGCGAAGAGAAAACGUAAAACCUAAUUAAUUAGGGUUCCGAGACUGAGAAUCCUGGAUUGCUCGCAGCCUUGACCCACCUUCUUCUCUCAGUCGUUAGGGUUUCGUGUGCUGACAACCAGGAGUUGUGUGAUAUUUAGUAAAAUGGGUGAGACUGGAAAACGAUAUCAUUCGCAGAGAGACCAUGAUGGGGACAGGAAACAUCAAAAGAGACGAAUGACUGACAGAGAUGAUAGGGGCAAUGAUGAAUUGAUUGUAUAUAGGAUACUCUGUCCAGAUGAAGUUAUUGGGAGUGUUAUUGGGAAGAAUGGGAAAGUGAUAAAUUCAAUAAGGCAAGAAACCAGGGCGAAAGUCAAGGUUGUCGAUCCGUUUCCUGGCUCCAAGGAUCGGGUAAUAACGAUCUACUGCUAUGUCAAGGAGAAGGAAGACGUUGAGAUUGAUGAUGAGUUUGCUGGUAAAGAACCUCUGUGUGCUGCUCAAGAUGCUCUUCUAAAGGUUCAUGUAGCCAUUGCGAAUUCCAUAGCAGCUAUUGGAGAUUCCGAGAAGAAACGAAAGGAUAGAGAUGAAUGUCAAAUCCUUGUUCCAUCAAGCCAGUCUGCAAAUAUCAUUGGUAAGGCUGGGGCUACCAUUAAAAAGCUGAGAAGUAAGACAAGAGCAAAUAUCAAGGUUACUGCCAAGGAUGCAGCUGACCCGACACACUCAUGUGCUAUGGAGUUUGAUAAUUUUGUUGUGAUCACUGGUGAAUCAGAAGCAGUUAAAAGAGCACUAUUUGCAGUUUCCUCUAUUAUGUACAAGUUCGGUCCCAGGGAGGACAUCUCACUUGACACAGCUGUACCAGAAGCCCCUCCUAGUAUUAUUAUUCCCUCUGAUGUUCCAGUUUAUCCUCCCGGCGGACUGUAUCCAGCUUCAGAUCCUAUUGUCACACCUAGAGCAGUUCCUCAAAUUAUAGGCGCAACAAAUGUACCAGAUCUGCAAGGUUAUGCUGAUGCAGGAAAUUCAUGGCCAAUGUACUCAUCUGCCCUUCCAGUCGUUUCUGGUGUUGGUGCUUCCCGGUCUGAGGAGUUAAUUAUUAGAAUGUUGUGUCCCUCUGACAAGAUUGGACGUGUCAUUGGGAAGGGUGGUAGUACAAUUAAAAGUAUGAGGCAGGCUAGUGGUGCCCAUAUUGAGGUUGAUGAUUCCAAGGCUAAUUUUGAUGAGUGUUUAAUCAUUAUAACUACAACAGAGUCGCCAAGUGAUCUGAAGUCCAUGGCAGUUGAAGCUGUUCUGCUGAUGCAAGGGAAGAUAAAUGAUGAAGACGAUACCACUGUUUCAAUCCGGCUUCUAGUUCCAUCCAAGGUGAUAGGUUGUAUUAUUGGUAAAAGUGGUUCAAUCAUAAAUGAAAUUCGGAAGAGAACUAAGGCUGAUGUUCGAAUCUCUAAAGGUGAUAAGCCAAAAUGUGCAGAUGCGAAUGAUGAACUUGUUGAGGUGGGUGGCUCAGUUGAUUGUGUGAGAGAUGCACUAAUCCAGAUUAUCUUAAGACUCAGAGAUGAUGUACUGAGAGAAAGGGAUACUGGCCAUAAUCCUUCAAUAGGUGCUGAAUCUUUGUACCCAGGUAGCGCUGGUCUUUCAUUGCCAUCUAUGAUGCAUUCAGUUCCUCCUGUUGCUGCUCCGAUGGUUUAUGAUCAUAGGGUUGAAAGUGGAGCUGGCCUUGGCAUGCUUUCUUCAAGCAGUCUUUAUGGUGGAUAUGGAUCUUUGUCGAUGGGGGAUAAUGGCUAUGGAUCUAUGUCCUCAUAUGCCACCAAGCUGUAUGGCGGUUUGCCUCCCCCAUCAACUCUGGAUAUGUUGAUUCCUGCUAAUGCUGUUGGUAAAGUGUUGGGUAAAGGAGGGGCAAAUAUAGCCAAUAUCAGGAAGAUUUCAGGAGCAUCAAUUGAGAUAUCUGACAACAAAUCUGCUCGUGGUGAUCGUAUUGCUCUUAUAUCAGGCACACCUGAACAAAAGCGUGCUGCUGAAAACUUGAUCCAGGCUUUUAUAAUGGCAACCUGAAUUAUUGAAAUUCUUUCCCGGGGUAUUGAAGGUGAAAAGUUUAAUUCUUGAAGUAUGUUCUUGUUCCUCCUUAUUCUGUUAGGUUGGUCCUGGAGAGACAAUGUUCUCUAGUGUUUUUCAGCUUGACACCUGCUUCUUCCACAACAGUGGCUAACAAGACCGUGCCUGAGGAUCCAUUGCUGGUUUUUUAUGUAGAAAUUAUAGUUCCUUUCCUUUUGUUUCCUCUUAAUCUACUCUCAUCUGGGUUUUAUCUUAGAAAUCUAGGAUCUCUCUGUCCUUUCAUGAUGUUUGUCUUUGACUAGUGUGUAGUCAUCACUAUCUCCAUAAAUUAUUCUGUGGAACCAUAAAUCGGAAUUUAUUAUGUUUCUGAUGACUCACUCUUAUUCUCCUUUCUUGCUGAAAAUAUCUUCCCUAUUGAUGCAAAAUGAGAUUCUGGGCCUUUAGCAAUCUGUGCUUUCUCAUAUCCUUGGUUAUCCAAGUAAUUUAUUCAAAAGUGGGGAAGUUGCCUCAUGAAUUCAAACGAUUUCAGAUCAUUUUCUUCGCCCUAAUUCUACUUCCAUGUCUUGGAAUUCUGUCAUGCAUGAGGACAUUUACAGCUAGAUAACAUAUAACCAUCUUGUUGUCACACCAAACAUGAUGUACAAAAAUGCUAGAAGCCAUAUUUUUUGUGGUUAAAAUAUUAAGACAGAAGAUAAAUACAAAGUAGGAAGAUACAGCUUCUUCUUCCUUGGCAUAUAAAGAAAACACAAGACAUCAAAGAACAAAGAUCGUGAGUUGACUCUUUGAUGGUUGAAUGGUCUCCUAUUACUGUCUUGAUCCAACAAGUGUGAGAAUUCUAGCAAUAUUUUUUUGCUUGUGCAGCACUACUCAUGCAUAUUAUCUGAAAAGCCUCUGGGUUUUAUUUCGGAACUUGUACAUGCUUUCCAUUUCUUAUGUCUUGUGAUGGAUGUCACUCACAAGAUAAUAUUUUGCUAAAAGGUGUCUCCAGUGGAAUUUGAACCUCUGCACUGGAGGUAAAGUUUGUUCACAUGGUGCUCAGUUUGUCAGCUGAGCCACACCUUAUGUUUGCUAGCUGUCACAUUUUAAUUUAGCAAGCCUUCUCUUCCAAUAUGAUUCAGAAUUGUUCAUUCGAACUCCUAAGUUCUAUGAAGGGGGCUAUUGAAUUUAUACAAUGAUCUGAUUGAUCCGUUUCUGGCUUAUUUGUUUUCCUGUUUGUAGCAUAACAUUUAGUGUUCCAACUAAAUAUGGAUUAGUUACGUGACAUGAAUAGCAUCCUGCUCUAGUAGUGAUUUCACCCAACCCAAAUAAUAUUAAAUUUAUGGGCAAUAGCUUGGGGUUUAUUAUAAAUCAUAAGAUGCAGCAAGAUUAAACAAAUCUUAUUUCAGCAACAUUUCCCUUGUAUCCAUACUGCCAUCUUGUGAAACAUUCUCUCAUCCAGAAUACUAGUUGCAACAUCUGAGUGCUCAAAACUCCUUUUCCCUUUUUCAAAUGUGACGGACCUCUUUAUUCCAUUCUAUUUAUGCAAUUAACUUGAUACUUCUCUGGGAUAAUGUCAAACUUUCACUUUUCGUAGCAAAUUUGAAGUACAAAUUUUCUUUAUUUUUCAUUAUCCAUCUAUUGAACUCUCCACAAUCAACUCUGCACAAUUAUGUUGGUUAUAAUAUUUUUGAAUCUUAAAAUCAAUAUACUAUGCAUGUGGAUUAAUUCUCCCUUUGUUCUAUAGCUAGCUCAGAUUUCCGAAAUGUACAAUCCCCCAUUCUUGAUCCUGUACGGAUAAUGUCCAUUCUUUUUCGCCUAAGCUUUGAUUAUUCGGCUAGCAUUCUUAUGAGUAAAGAUGUCUGGUUUAGUUUGAGUUUAGUCUGGCCGUUGAUUUUUAAUGGAUCGCAUAGCGAAGAGCCUCCGGGCAAUGGGGUACGAAGUUUUUUAUAAUUUGAUAGGUUGAUAAUGUUCUGCUCUGAGACAUUUUAUCUUGGAGGUUUAGUUUGAUGAGUAUGGUUCAUUGGGGGGAUGAACGUAGGGAAAGUUAAAAUAUUAGAUCACUCUGUAUAUGAUUUUUUACAUUUAUGGUGCAAUUAAGUAGUUUAAGAUGAUGGUCCAUUGUAUAUACAGCUUAGCUUCAUGACAGUUGCUUUGAUGUUUGUAUUUAAUUAAA